UCAGUCACCAAGUUGGAAGUUUAAUGGUGAAACUUGUAGAGUGGAAAGCUGAAGUGAAUCUGUGUAGUGAAGUGGCAGAUACAGGUCGUUUAAUUUUAUUUUUAGAUAAACUUUUUGAUUCCUUGAACUCCAAUCAGAAAACUGCUCCUGUAAGCAAACCUUUGAAAGGUGGUGUUACCUUAACAUCAAACCAUGAUCAAUUUUGGAAACAAUCUUUAACUCUUUUAAACAAAAUGAAAUUCUUUGAUAGAAAGAAACAGAAAUUUGUUUCUGUACCCUCAUUAAAAAAUUUGAAUUUUACCAUUCGUGGAUUUUUAUAUUUAAAGCAAAAAUUAUUAAAAACUAAUAAUAAUUACUUACUGUUAAGAGCAUUUCAGCAAGAUACUUUAGAAAAAUUUUUCGGGUUAAUUAGAAGUUAUAGAGCUACAGAUAAUUCAGUAAGUGUGUCAGAUGCUAUAACCACCUUCAAAGCUUUGGUUAUAAAUAAUUUUAUGUCUUUCCAUUCACCUGAAAGCAAUUGUGAAAAAGAUGUUAGUGAGGGAGCACUAGACACCUUACGUUUUUUUUUAACAGGUGAGGUAUUACCAGGUUGUACACCUUUGGCACCUGAACUUAAUUAUUCACUUCCUCCGUCAGUUUCAAAUGUUAAAAGACCUAAGGUGGGAAGGUGUACUGUAACUUAUGUUGCAGGAUAUGUAGCAAAAAAAGUAUUGAAGAAGGUUUCAUGUGAGCAAUGUAAAUACAAUAUGUUAUUUAGGGACAAGAAAGGAGAUACAGAAUUUAUUGAAGCCAGGCAAUAUAAUAUGUCAAAUUUAACAGUGCCUGGGAAUUUGUUGACUCAUAAAGUAUCUGAGGCCCUUGAAAAUUGUUUUACCUAAUUCCAAGGGUCUGUCAUUUGCAACCUUUACACUCUAUAUUGUGUAAAGAACUUAAUAAACUUUUAAAAUUUUCAGACUUCAAUUGUAAAAUACAUUCAAAUGUUGGUUCAAAUCUAUGUAAAUUUAUUGUUAGACUUUCUGUAUAUAUGUGGUGUAAAAAUGUAAAUACAAUUCUAAAUGGCAAAGACCAGAAAUUUAUUAAUUUUAUAAAAAGUAAGUCAGAAUAUACUAAUGUAGAUCCUAUAAAAUUGGUUGCUUAUAGAAAAUACGAAAAAAGGAGAAAACAAAUUUCUAAGUACCGAUCAUAAAUCUGGACCUCGGAGGUAACCUACGCUAUGUCCACAUGGCGUUGUUUUGAAUAGGUUCAUUUAAUGAAUCUAUUUAUUUUAUUAGUUGGAAUAUACAAAUUGGAUAUAUAAUAUCAUUAAAAUAUGGUCACAUUGUCUUUUCAACAAAAAUUAUGGGAUAAUCAGAUUUUUAUGACAUUCAAAGUGCUCUACUUCAAAGUUGCUUGAAAUGACAGAGUGUAGUUUACCUGCAGGGUCCAGAAAUAUAGAUUUAUUAGUUCCAAUGUAAAACUAGACAAAAUUGUAUGUUAUUGUUCUCUUCAAUGAAUUUUGAGAAGCUCCUCCAUUAAAACUUUAUGCUUAUCAUAUUUGAUACAUUUUUACAAAAAGUCGUCUGCUUUUUUUUGUAGACAAUUUCUAUUUACAGUCUAAUAUUUCCAUUUUGUUUUUAGCAAAUAAAAUUGUGUUUUUCAUUUACAGAACUCAUAUGAAUCUCGAAUCAUUAUUUUUAUUGUUUUACAUAUCUAACGUGCUAUGUACUAUUUUAAAUUUUAUAAUAAAUUAUUAUCAAAAUAGAAAGUAAAAUAGUUAAUUACUACAGUUAUGAAUCGUAUUUCAUCACCAUUUUUAUAUUUAGUUGUAUAGUUAUUUCAGCAAUGGUAAUAAAAACUUUGAAGAGCCAUAGUGAAAAAUUGUCAUUUUUGACUUAUUCUUUUAAUACAUAGCAUGAUAGAUAUUUUCUACUUUCCCAACCAUUUUGUUUCUCACAAUUGCUUCCAUCCUUUACUAUCUUGACCCACUCUGACCACUGUUCUGACCACUGACACCAUUCUGACCCACUGUUUGCCUGCCACUGCUCUUAUGUCAUCUACCCAUCUCUUGAGUCUUCCCAUGUUUAUUUCGUCCUCCUUGGUCUCCAUUCUACAAUUAUCUGUACCCACCAGCUUUCAUCAUAAUUUCAUAAUUGACUGUGUGACCAGCCCAACAUCAUUUCAUUUUUUACAUUUGUUCCAUAAUAUCCUUGAUGCAGUUUCCAAUUUGUAUGUACAAACUGGUAGUACGCAUGUGCUAUGUAUGUUUAUAGAAAUGGAGGUGAUUUUCAAGAUAUAUGCUAGUUUACCAAAAGCGGCCCGUGCCAGUUGUGUUAUUUUAAUUUAAGCAUCUGGAUUUGGUUUUCCCAGUUUGAUGACAUGGCCCUUGUAUACAUAAUGUUCAACAUUUUCUGUGGUAUGAUUUUGUAUUGUUAUGUUCGUCUGAUUCUGGCUCAUUAUUUUUGUUUUAUUGUAGUUCAUUUUUAAACUUACAGCUCUCGCAACUACAUUUAAUUGUUUUAACAUUUCAGUUAGUUCUUGAAUAUGUUCUAAUAAAACUAUGUUUUCAAAUGUUCUAACUAUGAUCCGUUGAUGUUUAUGCAUUUGUUCCAUUAUAAUUUCUUAAAAAUAUUUUCUGGAGUAAGGGGAAUAGUUUGGGAGAAAUGGUGCCUCCUUAUCUCACUCUCUGUUGUAAAUAGUUACAUAGUUCACUUUUAUUAUGCAUUAUAUAUUUUACUUUUCUCUUUAUUAGGUAAGUUGAUGAUUUUAUACACAUGAUGACAUUAUAAUAUAGAUGACUAAUUUUAAAACAUAAUUUUAAGAAUCGGAUUAAAAGGGCUUGACAGGUGUAGGUACUUUUUUGUUUAUUUUAAUAAUUCAUUUGUGUCACAUAUAAUUGUUAAUAUUUUGUUUAAUGUGUAAUUAAGACUUAAAUUUUACUCUAGUUUAUAAGAAAUAAUAGAGAUUGAUUUUAUAAUGUACGUUAGCAUAUUUUUUUGUAUAUUUUGUAUUAUAAUUUUAAGAAUCGGAUUAAAAGAGCUUGACAGGUGUAGGUACUUGUUUGCUUAUUUUAAUAGUUCAUUUGUGUCACAUAUAAUUGUUAAUAUUUUGUUUAAUGUGUAAUUAAGACUUAAAUUUUACUCUAGUUUAUAAGAAAUAAUAGAGAUUGAUUUUAUAAUGUAUGUUAGCAUAUUUUUUUGUAGAUUUUGUAUUAUAAUUUUAAGAAUCGGAUUAAAAGAGCUUGACAUGUGUAGAUAUUUCUUUGUUUAUUUUAAUAAUUCAUUUGUGUCACAUAUAAUUGUUUAUAUUUUGUUUAAUGUGUAAUUAAGACUUUAAUAUUACUCUAGUUUAUAAGACAUUAUAGAGAUUGAUUUUAUACUGUAAUUUAUACUUGUAAUGGAGGUAAUCCCUUAUAUAACUAAAUAAAUCAAUAAUAAAGCUCAUAACAUUAGCUCUUUCAGUCAUUAUGUUUGUUUUAAGAACAUCAACUUUUAAGCCCCAACAAUAGCUCAUUUUUUACAUUGAAUCACCAUAAUUGUCUCAACGAACAUCGUCUCUGUACAUUGUAAUAGGCAUAAUAAUGUUUAUGGACAAAAUUUGUUGUUUAUAAAUAUUUAAAAACAUAUAUUUCAAUCUCAAAGAUUUAAAUUAUUAUCUUUGCAAACAAAAACUCUUGACUGAAGGGGUUAACGCACACAUACACACACAUUUGGGUGAUUUGCGCCUAGUCACCGAACUGGGCUAAGCCUAGAGCGUGGACUCGGCGCCCGGGCAAGUAACAAAUCGAUGAUACGUCAGUUAAGACGUAGCUGGACUAAAGUGCCUCACACGGUUCAGCAUUAUUAGGUAAAUAUUUCAUAUGAGGGUUUUUAUGCUGAAACUCUCAUAUAGCAAUCAUUUUGAUGAAAGUAGCCUUCCAUAGCGCAUCAGCGUGCUAUGGGAGGGGUGGAGGAAAGCCUAGAGAGCAUUGGAGCUCGAAGGAGUGCUUCCUGAUUUACUUGGACCAAUCCUUCUCACCCCAAUGAAUUGUAUGCUUAAAUGGGCAUGCAAGUCUCUGCAGGUGGGUUUACUUUGUUGUUGUUUAUAAAUAUUUAAAAACAUAUAUUUCAAUCUCAAAGAUUUAAAUUAUUAUCUUUGCAAACAAAAACUCAUGACUGAAGGGGUUAACGCGCGCGCGCGCGCCCACACACACACACACACACACACACACACACACACACCACACACACACACACACACACACACACACACACACACACACACACACACACACACAUUUGGGUGAUUUGCGCCUAGUCACCGAACUGGGCUAAGCCUAGAGCGUGGACUCGGGCAAGUAACAAAUCGAUGAUACGUCAGUUAAGACGUAGCUGGAUUAAGUGCCUCACACGGUUCAGCAUUAUUAGGUAAAUAUUUCAUAUGAGGGGUUUUUUAUGCCGAAACUCUCAUACAGCAAUCAUUUUGAUGAAAGUAGCCUUCCAUAGCGCAUCAGCGUGCUAUGGGAGGGGUGGAGGAAAGCCUGGAGAGCAUUGGAGCUCGAAGGAGUGGUUCCUGGUUUACUUGGACCAAUCCUUCUCACCCCAAUGAAUUGUAUGCUUGAAUGGGCCUGCAAGUCUCUACAGGUGGGUUUACUUUUUUUGCUUGUUUGCUCGUGAGUAAUUCCAUUUAUCAUUUUGUAAGCCAGGGUGAAUAGAUUCCUAAGCUCAGAAUGGGGCCCAUUUCCGUGGAGUGUAACGUGGAUCCCUGCACAAGGAUAUAGGUGAAGACCAGAAUGGUAGCAAUCACUUAUAAAAUACAUACAUCUAUAUUAUACUUCUGUAAUUCCAUACAAAUUUUGAUUGCUCAAAUAAUUUUAUAAAGUAAUUUACAGAAAUAAAUAGAUUUUUAAGACUA